CAUGAAUGUAUCUUCCUGGAAUGUAUUGACCGUGUUGGUGACGUAAUAGCGCGUCACCCACAACAGCGGUGACGUACAAUUAUGUAACUGCCGUUGACGUUACAGUCCCCCCUCCCUUCACUUUCUUUAUAUUUCCAUCUCUGCCCCCUUUACUCCUCCCUCUUCCACACCUUUCUCUCCUCCUCUUUUCUCUCUCUACCAUGCACCAAGCCAUUCCCUACAGAACUUGCAUCCCUACCGGCGCACAUGACCGGUCACACGCCGGAGGGACCGCGGGAUCCAAUGGCGCUGAUCCAGCCAGCGUGGCCACAGUGGUUUCAGAAAACGCCGUCGUCAUCAUUGGGAGACGGGGCUGCUGCAUGUGCCACGUGGUCAAAAGGUUGUUACAAGGCCUUGGAGUCAACCCUCCCGUUUAUGAGGUCCACGAGGACCACGAGGCUGCCGUUGCUCGCCACCUCUCCCCUCACACCGCCGAAGCACUCCAGUUUCCGGCGGUCUUCCUCGCCGGCAAGCUAUUCGGGGGCUUGGAACGAGUCAUGGCCACUCAUAUAUCAGGUGAAUUGGUUCCCAUAUUAAAGGACGCUGGUGCCUUGUGGCUCUGACUAAUUUACCUCUUUUUUUCUUUAAUUUCUUGAGAGGGAAAUUAAUCACAUAUAGAAAUUUUUUCUUAGAUUGAUUUCCCUUUUUUCUUUCUUCUUUCUCUAAGUCUCUUGGAUUGGCGAGAGAAACUCCGUUGUGUUGUGAAUAACUGCGUCGUGUUGAGAAGCGAAGAAAUUCUGUACAUUAUGUUUAAGUUAGUUAAAUUUGACGUACAAGUUCAUCUUGAA